AUGUCGUUUCUGCCAAGAACACUAGACACUUAUCGCAAGUCGUCGCUGGUUGCGCUUUGGGUCGGCACGCUUCUUUAUGGAGUCUUUCUCGUCCUCUUUGGAAUAUGCCUCUAUAUAUUCCGGGGCCGGAAGCAAUCUCAAAACAUCGUCCUCGUAGUCACCGCCUUCAUCAUGUUCGCCUUGUCGACGGCGCAUAUUAUCAUGACGUUCCUCUCUACGUUCUACGCAGUACUGAACCCGGAAAGGGGACUGGCGCCUGACCACUUCGCUUUGGCUGCCGGACACAUUUACAUCACGAACAAUAUAGUCGCAGAUGGAAUCAUCGUCUAUCGGUGCUAUAUCGUAUGGGGUUCGAAGAAAAGGAUUGUCAUCCUCCCAUGCAUUUUGCUUCUCGCAACCGCAGUUUUGGGAUAUACUUUUAGGAUUACGAUCCAGCUAGUGGCGCUGUCGCUCGUCACAAGUAUCGUUGCCACAAGUCUUACUGCCGGGCGAAUUAUGUGGAUCUCGUAUCAGACUAAGAAACACCUAGGAAAGCAAUUUGCCGAGCGGUACAAUAUGGCCUUUCAAGUCGUCGUUGAAUCGGGGUUGAUGUACUCGAUAUCCUUGAUUAUCUUCCUUGUGGUUUAUAUUGAUGGACCAGGAAGUGACGCUGGGCCGUCCAAAACAUACCCCGGCCAAACGCAGCCAAUCACUACCUUUCCUUUCUUCUUCCCAGCAAGUUACAUCCUAUAUGUGGCACUGGCACAGAUUAUGGGCAUCGUCUCCACUCUCAUCAUCGUUAGAGUGGGGUUGGGCGUAAGCGCAGGGGAUCAUGGCGAGACCGUUGGCACUUCGGGCGUUAGCAGAAGCACAGGGCCUCACAUACGCACUCCGCGUAUACCACCAGCUGUCAGCGUCGAGCUCUCUACUUUCGUCAUCAGCUCAGGCCCAACUCCCAUGGAUCGGCGCCGUUCGAUCGAACAAAAGCACCCUGAUAGCGUGGACGACGCUUCGUCCUCCGUUUGA